UCCUUUUCCGGGUGAGCGACGCCUGGGCCCUGUCGCAGGGUGAGGGGCGGCUGCUCCCGGGGCGCUCGGGUCGCUGCUCCUCGAGUUGCUUGUUCGCGUAAACCCACCGCCCACCGCCUUGCUACAAAUCGAAGAGAGGGUUUCUGGCUACAUGUCGUGACAUUCAUCGAACAGCUGCUAAAUCAGAAGUUCUGCCUUCCUCCCAUCUGUGAAUUCUGACAGACAGGUUUCGAAUAACCCUGGCUCAAGCAACGUCAGGACAGAGUGAUGCAGGAUGCAGUUCCUCUGAAUUCAUUUUAAGACUGAAGAUUUUAUUUUCAAUUUUUUUUUUAAGGUAAAACAUAGCAACAUCGGUAAGAAACCAAAUUUUAUUACCUGGCCUCAAUCAUCAAGUAAGAUUACUGCAGUUAACUGUUGCACAGCAAGGGGCAAUAUGCACUCAUUAAAUAGCCAUUGUUACACAUAGGGCAUAUUCAACUAAUGUUAUUUUAAAAUAACGGUCUCUUUUGCAUUAGGGUUCUGUGAGGUUGCUUGUUCUAAAGCAAACCUUUAUGAAAGAAGAGGAAAUCUCACUAGGUGGUUAGUGGAUAAACUAGCUAAUUUUUGCUAGCUGUAGGGUAUUGUUAAGUAUGAGCUAUUUUUAUUUAAACGCAGCUAAUUUUAUUUAAAAUGCCUUCUGCUCAUUUACUCUAAAGCUGUUUCCCCAGACUCAUUAAGAAGAACGUAAUGAGGUAGAAAACCAUUUAAAAUGAUUUUUUUUCAUAUAUAUUUGUGAUAUAAAUCGAUUGCUAAGGAAAAUAGAUAUUAUUACAGUCUAUGAGCAAAUUAUAUAAGAAGAACAUAAAGGGAUAUUAAGAUACAAGGAUAUUAAUUGUUCUUGGUUGUGAUACCAUUAUUUAUGCCAGGCUUCGAUGCAGAACAUUUAUUCAUAUGUAAGUUUUAAAAAAUAUGCUUGUGAACCAGUGCAUAGAAAAAAUAGUAUGCCAUCAUUGUUUGUGUAAUUCUUGAUCUGAUUAUGUCAGAUUUUCCUUGGAAAAACAAACUCAUUUUGUUGUAACACACCUUGCAUUUCUUGAAUCUUGUUGGGCCAUAGUUAGGUGGAAGAUCUCGUUUGUAAGCCAAAGAGUGGGGUAAAUAUAUAGUGGUUAAAUUUUGAAGUUUGGAUUAAAUUUGGAUUAUUAUUUUUUUUACAGAAACAAACAUCUGGACAUCUAGAGAAUAUAUCAGUUAUUAUAUCAAAGACAUUUUCAUGCAUUUUUUGGAUUUGAUAGCAGUCCCAAAGUAUUUAUUGUAUAUUCCCUACUUUUCCUACCUGCAGCAGAGAAGUAUGUAUUUUGAGACUGGCUGUGUCCAGAAGACAUUUCUUGUUAUUUUCACAUCAGUUCUGUCCAAGAGGGGCAGAUGGCAGUACGAACCAGUUAUCACAAACUUCAGUGGACAUGCAUUUUUCCUUAUCCUUAGUGUUAAUGGUCAUACAUAUUUCAUGUGCAUUUAAUGGAAUGUCUUAUUUUGUGAAGAGAGGGGGCGGUGCUGGGAGCUCUGCCUCUGCUGGUACUCAGGUUUCUCCUGUUUAUCAGACAAUGAAAUGCUAGAGGUCUUUCAGGACCAAAAUGAUCUCAAAUUGUCUUGUAUUCUUCCCUAGGGAUGAUUUUUUUUGUUAGUAAUAACUUCGGUGUUACAUGCCACUUGGCAGGGGCAGUAGCUGACUGGACCUUUGAAGAGACAAGAUGUGUCUUAGAAGUUGUUCCUCUCUCUAUGGUGUUUGAAACCCUAAUCAAAGGUUUUUCAAGCAGCUAUCACAUCAACAGAGUGUCCCUAGGUAGUGUCAUCUGUCUUGAAGAGAAACUAUAUAAAGCUGCAGCCUGGUACUUAGAUAGCAAAGAUACAAGAUAGGUUAUAUCUUGGUAGAAUUACCUCUUGUGGGACAGACAUAGCUGAAAGGACACAGAGUGUCAAGGGAAGAAUUAUAUUUAAAUGUUCCAUUUUAUCCAUUGUCCAACGUGGAACUCUCUCUUCGCACACGUACAGAGAGAAGAAAAAAAAAAAGUAGCAGGGCAUGCAUAGGGAAAGAAAGAGUACUUACUUAAAUUACUUAGAAACAUUUAGUAAGGAAUCACAGGUGGAUGCUUCUACUGCUGUGAAUGUUGAGACAGAACUGAUGGAUUCUGCUGUGACAGCUAGUAAAGGUUGCUGUUAGAAGACUUUCAUCAUCACAGAUGACCAGGAAAGUGAAAUUUGCAGCAAUGAAAUGGCAAAUCUUCAUCACAUGAGAUACAGAAUAUAAUAAAAAAUAACUUGUAAAGUGAGAUUCAUGUUUAAAGUAUAUUUGCUUGCUUACCAUGAUUACCUAAAGGAAGUAGGAACAUUAUUAAUCAUGGUUUCUUUCUCUACAUGUGCCAUGCGUAUUCAUUUGCCUGUGAUAUUUAACUAUUGUACUUUUACCUGUUUGGGUGUCUACUGCACCAAACAUUUGUCUCUGCAUGACUGACAGACAUUAAUUUUAAAGGGACUUCUGUUGAUUCCAUUGAAGCAGGAUACAGAGCAGUGGGGGUAGCCUACUUACGUGUGUACCAUGCGGUCUAAUUUUAACACCUACUGGUUAGAAGCAGUACAGUAUUUUUUUUUUUCACAGAACUGAGCUGAUCUAAUAAGAUACCUGUCCUGAACUUGUGUUGUACAGAGCCAACCCCGGGUUUUAACAUAGCCCUCGCAAUUCUGGAAUUCUGGAUGUGGAGCUACCCAACUGUCUCUGGAAGGAGUCGCACAAAGUCCUCAAGCUCCAGGGAUGAGGUGCUACAAGACAAACGUGCCCGGAUCCUGUCACGAGGGCUGCCAAAACAAAAGCCCAUAGAAGGAGUUAAGCAGGUGCUGGUUGUGGCUUCUGGAAAAGGGGGAGUUGGGAAAUCAACAGCAGCAGUAAAUAUAGCCCUUGCCCUAGCAGCAAAUGAUUCGACAAAAGAAGUUGGUUUGCUUGAUGCAGACAUAUACGGGCCUUCAAUUCCAAAGAUGAUGAACCUUAAAGGAAACCCAGAAUUAACACCAAAAAAUCUAAUGAGGCCCCUUAAGAACUAUGGAAUCGCAUGCAUGUCCAUGGGCUUCUUGAUAGAGGAGACCGCCCCAGUUGUGUGGAGAGGACUCAUGGUCAUGUCAGCUGUUGAGAAAUUGUUGAGACAGGUUGACUGGGGUCAGCUGGACUAUUUAGUAAUAGAUAUGCCACCUGGGACUGGAGAUGUGCAGCUGUCAGUGUCACAGAAUAUUCCAGUUGCAGGAGCUGUGAUCAUCUCCACUCCACAAGAUGUGGCUUUAUUGGAUGCAUGCAAGGGAGCUGAAAUGUUUAGAAAAGUCCACGUACCUGUUUUAGGACUAGUACAAAAUAUGAGUGUUUUCCAAUGUCCCAAAUGUAAACAUGAGACACACAUUUUUGGAGCUGAUGGUGUAAGAGAUCUAGCAAAAACCCUUGGAUUGGAUGUUCUAGGAGACAUUCCACUGCAUGUUAAUAUACGGGAGACUUGUGAUUCAGGGCAGCCUGUUGUGAUCUCACAACCUCAGAGUGAUGCCGCUAAAGCAUAUCUAAAGAUAGCUAUGGAAAUAGUAAGACGACUGCCAGUACCUCCAGCUUGAAGUGUUUAUCACAAACUAACCAGCAAAGCGAUCUUUUGGUGUGGCUAACACAAGAGUCCUGCUACUUAAUUCUUGUGGACACCAGUCUUUAUGAAAGAGCUUUUCUGGGAAUUAAUUUAUCAGAGUUUAAAUUAUGAUUGUCAUAUUUACUGGUUUCCAAAUCAUUAUUUGGCCAUGUCCAAAUGGAUUCAAGUAUGCAGAAGAUGAUAGAUGAUACGUAACUGCUGGAUUGUAACGUCAUCGAGCAAGAAGAGACAAAGUACAUCUUUCUUAUGUGCCCUGUUUUAAGGUCAGGAAUGAAAAACAGCCUCUCCAGCCAAGCAGAAUGAGGAGAAGGAUGUCAAGAUAUAAGACCUACUUAAAAAGUGACAUUUGCAAUGCUGUAAUUUCUGUAAAUUUUCGUUGAGCUUUUUACUUGCUGAAACCACCAAGCUGACCUUAACCUGUGCAAAAUUUUAAGUAGAAAAUUCAGUUACGUAAUUGCAGUACGUUUGCAUUCGUCUUUAAAUAAAUAAAAGAUAGAUCUGCAUAUACUCUGAAGAAUUCUUAUGAUGGAUCAUGAAAAAAUUCAUUUGUUAUUGGAUAAUGUUCGAUCAUGAAGUAAUUCAGUCUACUGGGUAAUGGAUGACAUGACCCUUAGGCAUAUUUCUUGACUGCUUUGCAUUAUAAUGGACCCAGACAGAAGGCAAGGUAACUGAGGUCUUCGCUGAAAACGCCAGAGCUCAGUUUGCCAGGGGAUGCGAACAUUCAAGAUACAUUAAAUUCAUGAUUGCAUGUUCCUCUUACAAUGCAGCAACUUGGAAUUUAAGUGUAAAGAUACAGUUCUGAAGCAAAGAAAACUUUGGUCAUCAAA